AUGCAGCUUAUUAAUCAAUUUAGUAAGAGCCCCCCACUACUUCAGUUCAAUUCCCCCAACUUUAAAUUUAUAUUUAAAUAUUCACUCUUACUCUUCUUUUUAAUAAUUGUUAUUUUUCUUUUUCUUUAUCCCCCAUCCAUUUAUCAAAUCAUGUCCAUUUUACCGGAAACCCAAAAAGUUGUUCUUCACAGAGAAAAUGGUGAUUAUGAUGUAAUUGAAUAUUCAGAUUUUCCAACUCCCAAGAUUGAAUCGUCCCAUGACAUUAUCGUAAAGAAUUCUUACGCAGGUGUCAAUUUCAUUGAAGCAUAUUUCAGAAAAGGAAUUUAUAAAGCAAGUUUACCUUAUGUUUUCGGUAGAGAAGCUAGUGGUGAAGUUGUUGCAGUUGGAGAUGAAGUCAGUACUUUGAAAGUGGGAGACAAGAUUGCCUAUUUAUCUCCUAACACAUUUGCACAAUACACUAAAAUCACAGACGAUAAUUACAAGUAUAUAAAGCUACCAGACAACGCAAGUGAUGAAGAAUUGAAGAUUUAUGGGUCAUUAUUUUUACAAGGUUUAACAGCUUUGACAUUUGUUAAUGAAGCUUAUAAAGUGCAAAAGGAUGAUUACAUUCUUGUUUGGGCUGCCGCUGGUGGUGUUGGUAAAAUUUUAGUUCAAUUGAUUUCACAACUCGGAGCUCAUGUGAUUGCUGUUGCAUCUACACCUGAGAAAUUGAAAAUCGCUCAAGACUUGGGGGCAGAAUUCUUGAUUAAUUCAACUUCUGAUGAUAUUGUUGAAAAAGUUAAGGAAAUUACUAAUGGAGAAGGUGUUGCUGCCUCAUUUGACUCUGUAGGAAAGGAUACUUUUGAAAUUUCAUUAAACUCAAUUAAAAGAAAAGGCACUUUUGUUAGUUAUGGGAAUGCAUCUGGACCUGUCACUCCAUUCCCAUUAUCUAUUCUUUCGCCAAAAAAUAUCAAGAUUGCAAGACCUCAAUUGUAUGCAUAUAUUGGCAAUGCUGAUGAAUGGGACCACUACUCAACAGAAUUGUUAAAGUUAUUUGAGAGUGGGAAAUUAAAGUUUGAUAUUUUCAAGACCUACGAUUUGAAAGAUUACGUUCAAGCUGCAAAAGAUUUGGAAGGCAGAAAAACUACUGGUAAGUUAACAUUAAAAAUUUCUUAA